AUGCCCUUUUUGGAGGACCUCUCCCUCAGCUUCAACAACCUGAGCGAUGACGUCAGCGGCGUGGAGUGGUGCCGCCGCGACGGCCGCAGCCCGCUGCGGCACGUCAAUCUGCGCGCCAACGGGCUGUGGGGCGCGCCGGACCUUCGCGACUGCCUGGCGCUGUUCUUCCUGGACAUGCAGGACAACAUGUUGACUGGGCCGCUGCCCAUCGGCACGGACAACCGCCAGCUGUCGGUCGUGCGGCUGCGCAACAACCGGCUGACCGGGACGGUGCCGGACGGCCUGUGGCGGCUGCCGAGCGUGUACAUGGUCGACCUGCAGAACAACAGGCAGGGCGCGGGGCGCUGA